AUGUCAAAGCACGAAACCGAAAUGACUUUGCCGCAAGACGUGCUUGCUAAAAUACCCCAAACUGAAAUCUGCUCCAGUGCCCUGAACCUUGCAUGGAAGACGGUUUCACGCCCCAUAUUCAAUCACUCUGUACGCGUGUACCUUGCAGCUCGAUGGCUGGCCGAAAAGGAAAAUUCGGAGUGGGCAAAACCAGAAAACUUGCCUCUCCUCUUCGUCGCAUCCAUCUGCCAUGACUUGGGCACCAGUGAUGACUUCAACGGACCCCAGCGAUUUGAACUUGAAGGGGCAGAUGCGGCAGAGCACCACUGCCAGGUGCACGGCCUCUCGCAUGAGGACGGUCGCAAGGUUUGGACUGCUAUAGCCAUUCACACUAGUCCUGGCAUUGCGGAGAGAAUUGAUCCUUUCUCGCGAUUGGUUCGGUUCGGUGUCAUGAUGGACUUUUCCCUCCCAGCGAGACAAUCGAUGGGGGCCAAUGACUUGUUUGCCGAGAUCGAAGUCAUGCUGCCGCGAUUGGAUAUUGAACGUGUCUUGGCGGAUGCAGUGGUCAAUCAAGCUGACCAAGACCUCCUUCGCCAGCGGCCGGAUAAUAAGAAUUGGUUCUCAACACACAAGUUUCCGGUUGCUAGCUGGCCGGGCAUUUUGCUUCGAGCACGAUUACAGAACCCAGAUCAUGUGGGGAGGAAUCUGGCCUUCUAG